AUGGCAACAAAUAUUAUCAAAAUUAAAUUUACAGGUUGUUCGACGUAUCCUAAUAUAACAGACGCAAAUUUUGAUAAAGAUUGCAAUGGAAAUGUAGUCAUUACAUGUAAUGAAGGUUUCAAGAUGGUACAAGGGCUGGAAUGUGUUGAGGAAGAAUGGAGAUAUCAAAACCCAAUAUGUAAACGCACAGUGAUUAUUCCGGAUUGUAAAAAUGGUGGAACGUUGGUGGAAGAAAAUGGAAAAUUUAAAUGUAACUGUCCACUAAACACAUUCGGUGACGAUUGCAAUUGUCGAUACAAGUAUUCAAAUGUAAAAUCUUUGACGCCCCGUGCCUACGCAGAAAGAACUGUGUCUGAUUCAGCGAAAUGUGAUGAAAACUGUGCUAACGAUACCAAAUGUUCCACUUCUACCACUUGGCUUGGAACAUGUCUUCGUUACAAAACACCAAUCAUCUUCGUGUCGUUGGAUGGAAAAGAAGACCAAUGUAUUGAAAAGUGCAACGAGAUGAGUGAAU